AUGGGCAGGCGCGGGCAAAUUGCGAUCGACCGGAUCGUGGCGCUGCGUUCGUCAGUGCUGCCGAUAUACGUCAUCAUCAGGCCCAACAGCGUGACCACAGCGGACGAGGUUUCUGAGGACGGCAAUGACUUCCUCACGACCCGGAUGUUCGGUGAUCAGAUCGCAUUCCAGUCAAUAAGUGGGGACUACCUAAGCGCGGAGGGAGACGAGAUCGGCACCCGCCGCUAUUGCAGCACCUUCGAGCGGUUCUCCGUCGUGAAACAGGACACGCAGUACUCCUUCCGCACGGCGUCAGGGAAAUUCCUGAGCGUCAGCGACCGGGCACCCUUCGUGACACUGGGAGACUCGCCGGGUGACACGGAGUCAUUCCAGCUCUUCUCUUUGAUGAUGUACGGUGUGAAUGUCGGGCAGCAGCUGGAAUUGCUCGAUAGGGUUGUAGCUGGCAUCAAACCAGCGGGAGCUACUGUGGACUAUGGUCCCUACACUGCCGCCGGUUUCUCGCCUUCGCAGCAGCAUCAGUUCGGUGUCAAUGUCACCGGCCAUAUCAAGACCUUUGACCGCACAGAGAUCCAGAACUUUCAGCGUUUUCGCAUUGCCACGAAGGCCCUGCAACCCUGCAUCGAUCCGAGCAUCAGCUGCAAGAAGGACAAGCAGUUCGGCUUGGAUCAGAAGGCGAUGAUGCACUUGCUGGGGACCGUUCUUGAGGAUGCUUGGGAUGAGGUCACGGCCGAGGACCCUGCGUUGAAGGAGUGGACGCGCUUAAGAAGCUCCUGCCAACAACAGUGCAUGACCGUUGUUCUCAGUUGGAGUUUGCGCACACUCUGGUCGACGGGCGAGUUGCUCUCUAGGGGAGGUGGAGCCAGCUUUUCCUCCGCGCUCGCAGACGCCGUUAGAGCUUGCUAUCCAGGCUUUCGUGCACUUCGCGCAGAUGAGGUGGCACAGAAGGUCGGCAAGAUUGUGGCCCGUGGUCUUGAGAAGCAGCUUCCUAUCGCGGCUGCACGCGCGGACUUCUCCCCGGAUCGCCGCUUGAGCUUCAACCAGAACCCCAGCUGUUUGGAGCAGAGCUCGCUGGAUGCCGAGGAUCGCGAGCGCUUCGUGCUCCAGCUCGAGGUGUCUGUGGAGAAAGCAGUCAAGACCGCCGAGAUGAGGAGUUGGAGCACCAUGGAACAGGCGGCAAGGCCGUGCCAGCAAACUUGUCGGCGAGCUGUGAUGAAGCAGGUUGGAAACGCUGACAUGCUGGUGAUGACCUCUGUGGAGGGCGCCUUGGCCGCCUGCCUGACGCAGCUCCCUGGCGAGUCGGCGGAGGCCUUGGCCGGCGAGGCCUUGCUUCAUAUGCGCCCAGAGCCGGAGACGAGAGGAAGGUUGCUUCUCAGCAGCGAAGCGAUGAAGAUGCCUGCGCGAGAUGCAGCUGGAGAUACGGGGCUCGAAGGGCUGCGCCUCGGAGACCUUCCCCUAGGAAGCCUCUCCCUAGUCGGCAUCGCCCUGCUGGCCCUCGUGCCAUUGGCACACGGGUUUCUCAAGAGGACGGGCACGUUCGCAGGAGCAACGCAAGACGCGCACGGCUGCGUGAUGAUUGACCAUCUCCUUGACGGAGAUCAGCUAGGCAGCCUUCGGGACGUUGUCGUCGAGGAGAGCGCCCGCCUCGACUUGGCACGCUGCCACGAAGUUCGCUUAGGGGACCUGGCAGCCAAAUCGCCAGCCUUCGCCGAGCUAGCGACGCACCCCCUGGUGAUGCAGCUGGCGAGGCGGUUGCUCUCUCCAGCACUAUUGCUGUCGGAUAUGCAGAGCUGUCGUACGGACGUGGACUACGUGCGUAAGGAGUUGGAGGAGACCACCUGGCACGUCGUGCAUCCUUACAGCAGUGCCGAGUUUCCUGGCGUCGUUGACCCCAGGAUCAACGUCACUGUGACUUGGUUCCUAGACCAACUUGACACAGAGAACUCUACGUGGGCUUUCGUGAAGGCGCCGCUUGGGGAUGGCGGACACUUGCCGCAGCUGCCACACCUCAGCUCCCAGGAAGAGCUGCAGGCUGUUGCACGUGGUGCGCAGCCGCUGCUGGCGAAGCCCGGCGCGGCAUGGUUGUGCAUUGGCCCAUACUGGAUGUCAAACAACGUCGGUGCAGCCUCCUUCUGGAAGGACUAUGAUGCGCAGACGCGCUACAAGCACCUCAGCGGACAGAAGGAGCAAUCCUUCCGGGCGCUGACGGAUGCGCAGCGGGCUGCUCAGCCAAGGGAGGAGCUUUGCCCGACGGUUCUCCAGGCCACCUACGUCCGCGAGCAUGUGGUCACGCCGAUGCCGCCAGCACACGAGGCUCUGGCGCAGCUCGGCGACGCGGGGAGGCAGCUUGCGAGCUUGUUCCGGGCGGCCUGA